AUGGUUCCCUUUCGCGACGCGUUGUACAAUCUGGGUGAAGCCAUCGUCGACCUGGCGUUGGUCCCGCACCAAUUCCGCUGGGUGGACGAGAUCAACGCGAGAGCCGCCGAGUACGCCGAGAAUGAUUACGACGAAUACGAGACGGUCGCGAGCGAGUUCACCGACGUUAACGCUUAG